CGUGGCUGUUUUUCUUCUUCGAACCAGUUUUGCGCACAUCAGUAACACGUGCGCCGCAUCUAACGACGUAAUUGGUCACGUCUGCGCAUGCACAGUCCACGCUGUUCCGUAGCCGUUUAGCCGUUUAGCCUGGGCGCUAAAGACGGUGCUGGGGGUGUUCAUUCACACGCUUCUCGAAGUUUCACCAUCCCUUCUCCUUUGAGUUGAGCUCGGCUUUCGUUCGUGCGACGUUAUUGGGCUAUUAACGACUGAAACGGAGCCGAACCGAGCAGCGACGGCUGUUUCUCAGUGCUUUUCUCUGCAGUCUUUUCUGUGCGCGCCAGGCACCCAGACCCACGCUGAUGGCGGUCACUAUCGAGGAUCUGUACCGUAACUACGGGAUCCUUGCUGAUGCUAAACCAGAAAAUCUCAGCCAGCACAAAGAUGCCUACCAGGUAAUUCUGGAUGGCGUGAAAGGCGGCCCCAAGGAGAAGCGCCUGGCUGCACAGUUUAUUCCUAAAUUCUUCUGCAGCUUUCCAGAACUGGCCUAUGCGGCCAUUAAUGCUCAGCUGGAUCUUUGUGAAGAUGAAGAUGUGUCGAUUCGACGGCAGGCCAUCAAGGAGCUCCCUCGUUUUGCAACUGGCGACAACACAGUCAGAGUUGCAGACAUUCUCACUCAGCUCCUUCAAACGGAUGAUACUGCAGAGUUUAACCAAGUGAAUGCAGCACUUAUUUCCAUCUUCAAAAUUGAUGCUAAGGCCACGCUCGGAGGCCUCUUCUCUCAGAUCCUGCAAGGAGAGGACAUAGUCCGUGAACGGGCGAUCAAGUUUCUGUCCACGAAACUGAAAACCCUUCCAGAGGAUGUUAUGACAAAGGAGGUGGAGGACUUUGUGUUUUCAGAGACAAAGAAGGUUCUGGAGGAUGUGACUGGAGAGGAGUUUGUGCUGUUGAUGCGUUUAGUGUCUGGCCUACGGGUGUUGCAGACUGUGAGCGGUCGGCAGCAACUGGUGGAGCUGGUGGUGGAGCAGGCCUUCCUGGAGCAGGCCCUCAACCCAGCCGAUCCGGACACAGUGGACCGUCUGCUGCAGUGCACGCGACAGGCACUGCCCUUGUUCUCAAAAAAUGUCCAUUCCACACGUUUUGUGACGUACUUCUGUGAACACGUUUUGCCCAAUCUCAGUUCACUGACAAGUCCUGUGGCCGAGCUGGACAUCCAGUUGGAGGUACUGAAGCUGCUGGCUGAGAUGACUCCGUACUGUGGAGACAUGGAGAAACUGGAAUCCAACCUCCACAUGUUGUUUACCAAGCUGCUGGAAUACAUGCCCCUGCCACCAGAAGAGGUAGAGAACGGCGAGAACUCUGCAAGCGAGGAGCCCAAACUGCAGUUCAGCUACGUGGAGUGUCUUCUCUUUGGCUUCCAUCAGUUAGGCAAGAAGCUGCCGGACUUCCUCCUCGACAAAGUGGAUGCUGAGCGCCUCAAAGACUUCAAGAUCAGGUUACAGUACUUUGCCAGAGGCCUGCAGGUUUACAUCAGACAGCUGCGUGUAGCACUGCAGGGCAAAACGGGAGAUGCUCUGAAGACAGACGAGAACAAGAUCAAGGUGGUGGCUCUGAAGAUCACAAACAACAUCAAUGUCCUCAUCAAGGAUCUGUUCCACAACCCUCCAUCAUACAAGAGCACAGUCACUCUGUCCUGGAAACCCGUCCAGAAAGCCGAGGCAGUAGCGACCAAGCGUCCGUCGGCUGAAGAGAUGGGCUCUGGCGCCAGCACACAAAAACAGAUCUCCACUCUGCAGCGGAGGGAUGCUCGGCAAAUCUACAACCCACCCAGCGGCAAGUACAGCGCCUCCAUCGGCAACUUCAGCUACGAGCGUGGCGGCUUCAGGGGCGGCCGAGGACGAGGCUUCGGAGCCAGAGGCAACAGGAGCCGAGGUCGGAUCUACUAAAACACCGCACCCAUUUCUCAGUGAACUGCAGUACAUCAGGAACUUUUCUGCACCAUGAUGGACUAUUUGUCACCUUCCCAUCAGUUGUUUUUAUUUUUUUACUGGUCUUUUGGAGGCGGUUGGUCUCUAGAAUAUCACAUGCUCCUCUCGGCCAAGGAGACCGUUGAUACAUCGAAAUGUGUUUUGGGUUUGUUUUGAGUUCUUAUUCUGUGUAUUUUGUGGAUCAAAUGACUGCCAAGUUGUAACUGAUAAAUAUUUUUGUCCGAUUGUUGUAGGAAAAAUAUCCUUUUUGUUUAGCAACAUGUUAAAAAAUCCAUUUUUUAUUUAAUCUUUCCUUUUUUAUUAGAGAUUCAGUUGAAUUGGCUGAUUGUUACUUUGUAUGAAUCAAUGAUGUGUCAUUGGAUUUUUAUCAUAAACCUGUAUGGAAGUUGUCUGAA